GUUUACCAGUUGUUAUUGUGGGUCUAAUAGCAGCCAUCAGACCUGUGACAUAUGAUAUGAGCAAGACAUACUACAAGGACGUCAUGUGUGGAUCACUGAAACUUUCAGCGGAGAUUAUACGUGACAGGUGCUGGCUUAAUGACGGUGAAUGGCUGCAUAAAGGACCAAUCUUGGCAAUUCUCGUGUUCAAUCUGGUGAUAUUUGUAAUUCUGCUGAGAGUUAUCUUCACCAAGAUAUCGGACAAAUAUCAGACUGAUAAUGUAGAGAAGACCAGAAAAGGAUUGAGGAGCAUCGCAGCUCUACUGCCCCUGUUGGGUGUCACGUGGCUGCUGGGGUUCUUUAUCCACUGGAGUGAAGUCCUUGCGUAUUUGUUCAUCAUACUCAACUCGACCCAGGGUUUGGUGUUUUGUAUCUUCCAUGGCUUCUUGGAUGACCAGGUGAGAGAGAGUUUGCUCAGAUUCAUUAGAAGGACACGAUUAGGAAUUUUGACCCAAAUUUGCAGAUCUAUUGUAUCAACAACUACUCAGUUGUCACCUGCAGGUUCGAUAAAUGACCAAGCGAACAUGGGUCAACGCCCAGGGAUUGCUGAAAUGAAGCAUUUAGAUACUAAACUUUAAUGGUGUCUCUUGAUGGAAAAAAAAAAGCUCCUUCUAGCUUUGUAACAGCUAAUUCAGUUUUUUAACCUAUUU